UUCUGUAGUCUCGGGACUUUGGGCUUGUUACGAGUGAUGGACACAUCUUGUUCUGUGUGCGUUCAUGGCGAUUAUUUGCUGCCAUGAAUUGGACUGGUGAGCAUCGCGCUUUCAUUGUGGAAACGUUUAUCAAAACAAACGAAUCUGUAACUGCAAUACAACGAGCGUUCCGUUUGCACUUCAAUCUUGGUAGACAUGAUCCCGUACCAGCUCGAAACACGAUCACGUUAUGGGUUACCAACUUCAGAACUACUGGAUCUGCAUUGAGUGUGUGGACAAUAAUGGAUCCCAUUUGACUGAUUAAAGCUGGUGCUUCUUGUCACUGACGUUCUUCUCCAGAGGAAAAGCCAGCGUUUUGUUUUUUUUUUUUUCUCUUCCUGGUAACACUAGCUAGCAGAAAAUCAAAUACAUUCAAGAUAUUUUUAUGCUUUGCUGAAUGAAUGAAUACAUUUGACUGCCAAGAUGGAGGGUUGUAUACCCAAAUUCACCAGGUGGUGAUCAAGUCACAAUUUGUUUAGUGUAUUUUUAUUUUUUGGUGCAGUCAUGAAAAAUGGAAAGGGUUUGGGUUGAGAAAAAGGUUAGGAUUAGGGUUCAAGGUAACACUUUUGCAGUAAGCAGGAGAACCCCUUUAAAAAGUUAUUAGUGACUUUGACUCUUUGUAUAUUUUAAAUCUGUUACUUUUUUAAAUCAAUCUAAUCAAAUCAAAUCUAAAUCCGUCUAACUAUGGGAUCACAUGCACGGCCCUUUCCCGGCUAGGCUCUGGCUCUGCCCCUCCCCCCGGCUGCGUUGCGGAUGGAUGUGGUUGCUGCGUCAGAGUGCAGCAGACACAACGCAGUCAGUCCCAGUCAGCCAGCCUGUCUCUCCCUCAGCUCGGCGCGCUCCGUGGGAAGGACACGCACGUCACGCGGAACUGCAGGGACCAUGACUUUCCUCUCAGCUGUGGCUGUGUUGACCCUGGUGGUGAUCACUGAAGGAAGUGUUGGCCCGAGCACCAAUGGCAGCUUUUGCACAGAGUCAAAGGAAUGUCUCCAGUUUGAAAUGGUCUGCAGAACAGAUGAAUAUGAGGUGCGACACUACAGCCCCACGCGCUGGGUGUCCACAGACGCUGAGGCCUACUUCAUGGGCGUGGGUGCCGCCAUGGCCUUUAGGAGACUUUUUCAAUACAUCACUGGAGCAAAUGAAGCAGGCGUCCAGAUGGAGAUGACCGCACCUGUCCUGGUCAAAAUCCCAGAGGAGACCAAGAUGUGGGAGCCGGCUGUCUACACGCUCAACUUUCCGCUGCCUGCGGCCUAUCAGGACAAGCCGCCCGCACCCACCAAUGACAAAUUGUACUUCACCGAGAUGCCUGAGAUGGACGUCUACGUGCGCAGUUAUGGAGGUUGGAUGCUGUCGGUCACCUCCAGGCUCCACGCUCACCUGCUGACUAGAGAACUGGGGAGAGUCGGAGCGCCCUACAACCACAGCUACCACUACGGAGUGGGCUAUGACAGUCCUUUGAAGUUGUUGAACAGACACAAUGAGGUGUGGUAUGUGGCUGAGGGGGCACCAGUUUGCACCGACCCCCAGGAGCCGACCCCUGCCCACACCCCGAGGAAGCCCCCCAACUCACCCGCUGACCUCCCAUCGGACCCCAUCCCGAACUCACUCUCCAACUCUCCCGCCCUCACCAACCUGUCGUCAUCCAACUCCUCGGACACGGCCAAUGACGUACCCACAGACACACCGACUCUCCUCCCAUCUGAUUCCCCUCCCAGUCCGUCUUCUGCCCGUUUCUGGGCCCGGCCCACAUCUGGUCACCCCCCCACCUCCGCCCAGGCUUCGGUGGACCGGGACCUGGCCACUAACGCCACUGGGCUUAACUCUGUGGCGCCCUCACUGGAACCCCAGGGGGUCGCCGCGCUUUGGAACGGCACAGAGCACGUCUUGGUGGACACACAAACAGGAAGUAGUGUCAACCAACAACAAGAUGGUGUCUAAGAGGAGGAUGCUACUUUUGCUCCAAUGCUACCCUGUCCACCAUGUUUAGCUCUGUGUUCUUUAUAGCAGCAAACACGCUGCAUUGAUCCAUCAUUUUUGCAUCAUAGAAACACGUCAAUCUUGCUGUAGCUGCAAAAUUAGAUCAAAGGUAAUUCUAAAGACAGGAAACAGUUGUAUAUUAUGAAAAUCAAGCUUCUGGUCCCUUUUUAGCUACUUUUAUUCUUUGCAUUACAUAAUCAUGUGAUCUAUCUUCUGAGGACAGUCGCUUGAAUAGUUUGCCAAAUUGGAACCCAAAUCCACUCAAUUAACUGCGAUUUGGGCGUGUCUUUCUCUUUAUGUUUUGCCAGUAGCGUUGAAAUUCAUUAACAGCAUCCUGCAGUAAAUGUUAUUAGGCUCUUGUCACAGUCAACUAAUAUCAAAUCUUUGUGUCACUAAAAGCUACGUUGUGUGUUCUGAUGAAGGUGCAAUAAAAAGUAACAAAUGCCUAUCAGGGUCGUUGCUUAUAUG